AUGGACGUAUCUAGUGAACACAGCGCAGCCCAGUCUGUAGCGGAAGGGGUUGCCAAAGCAAAGCUGCAGCUCCCAGCUAGUUGCGACCCGCCCCUAGUCGAUGGCGAGAGGAAGCAGUUGGUGUGGGUGGUGUUCGGUGGGACGGGCCAUAUGGGCAGGUCUCUUGUGAAGUCCGCCGUAUCCAAGGGAGAUCUUGUCACAACCGUAGGACGAGUUUUCGAAACGAGCCCCGAAGAUAUGGCCGUGCAUCAAGACAAGGACAAUUGCCUUGGGUUAUUAUGUGAUGUACGCUCGAGAAGCUCGGUGGCGCGCGUGAUUCACCGGACACUGGAGCGAUUUUUACGCGUCGACGUCGUCGCCAACUGUUCUGGAUACGGCGUCAUAGGUGCGUGUGAGGACCAGGACGAGCACGAGAUUCGGAAUCAGUUUGAGACGAAUUUCAUGGGUACUCUAAAUAUCAUCCAGGCCACUUUGCCCUACUUCCGCCAGCAGAACGGCGGCCGCUACCUUAUCUUUAGCUCGACUUCUGGGGCACUGGGAGUUCCCGGCCUCGGUCCAUAUUGUGCCACCAAAUACGCCGUCGAAGGGCUCAUAGAGGCCAUGCUCUACGAGACGGACUCAUUCAACGUCAAGGCGACCCUCGUGGAGCCGGGCUUCGUUCGCAGGGAUGAGCCCGACACCCUGGCCACCCCACUGCCUACCUGGGGCCAUUUUCUUAUCAAACCGGCGAGCGAGGCCUACGCACAAGCAACAUCACCAGCAUUGCAUGCCAAAAGGAUGGUUCAGUGGCUCGGUGACCGGCAGCCGACGAGUGCUGUCAAGUGUGCUGAGCUUGUCUGGCAGCUGGCCCACUGUUCGUACCCUCCGCUGCGGUUACUCCUGGGGAGCUAUGCCAUUGAGAGUAUCCGCGACAGGUUGCGGUCCGUCACGGAAGAGUUGGAGGACUGGAAGCAUCUGAAUUUCCCUGUUGCGCCUGAAGCGGGCGGAGAGAACGAAGGAAAGGAUGACAAGCCAGAUCAAGACGAGAGCAUGGCCGACUCGGGGCAAGAUGCGCCUAGUCAAGGGCCGUGA